AGCACGUGAUCCUGUGUCCUCAACAGGGAGUAUAUAUAAAAGCUAAAGCUCAGAUACACACAGACAUCUCAAAGUUGUCGAUCAUAUAACAGCGAAUUAACAUCGUAAAAAUGAUGAAGGCCUGGUUCGUUCUGUUACUGCUGUUGCCUAUCUGCACAGGUGGCAAUCUUGACAACACACACUUCACACAGUCACUCAUUGAACAUCGUCUUAUAUCAGCUGACUAUCAUAUUGAGUGCUAUGGGGAGGAUUUUCUGAUGGUGAGGAACAUGAUUCUUCAGUGCAGAAGUAAAGUUCCUCAAGCCUGUUACACCAGAGGAACUGGAGAAAAAGGCUGCGUAAGCUUGGAAUUCUGUGAAAGGAAAGGCUGGAAAUGUUGCCAUGAGAACCACUGCAACGCUUAAAAGUUUACAUCAAUGAAAAACCUGUUGAAGACCAUGUGUUAUGUCUCGAUUGUUACUUUUAGUUUGAUUAAAGAUUUGAUUUCUCUAUCCGAUCAGCUUGUGAUAUAGAUGAUGUGCUGUCUUUAAUACAACUGCAGAACUGGAUGUUGUGUCUUCUUGUAGUCAUACUUUGAGAAUUAAGUAUUAGUCAGAAAUGGAUGUGUUGACCUACUAACAAGUCUGCACAGCUAACAUAGUUGGAUAGCUGAAGAUGUGUAUGUGUGUAAGACAGAACAAAGACUUUAUCCUAGUGAGUUAUUUAUUUGAAGAGUGAAAAAACAAGCAGCUUCACUGCGUCCGAAAGUCAUUGGCUCUCUCUAUGAGGUAUAGGGUCCACUGCCAAAUAACCUCUAUGACUCGUUCUCUCUCUUUAACACACACACAGAUGUAAUCAAUAAAGAACAUAAACACAAUUCAAGGACAA